ACCCUCUCUUUGACCUCUUCAGGAUGCGCAUGGAGGGACGAUGCUGACACACUUCCGAUUCUUCACCAUCUUGGCCUUCCAUGUGUUUCUUCAGGAGAAGGUGGAUUUAGCUGUAAUUGAAGUUGGGAUUGGUGGCACAUAUGACUGCACCAACAUUAUAAGGAAGCCGUGGGUGUGUGGCAUCUCCUCUCUGGGUAUAGACCACACUCAGAUUCUUGGAGACACCAUUGAAAAGAUCGCCUGGCAUAAAGGAGGCAUCUUCAAGCCAGGGGUUCCUGCCUUCACAGUCAAACAGCCAGAAGAUGCAAUGGUUAAGUUGAGGAGCAGAGCUAAAGAGAUGAGCUGUCCUCUGUGGGUGUGUCCAGAGCUGGACGACUACCAGAAAGAUUGCGGACCUUUUUGUCUGGGCCUGGCAGGGCAGCACCAGCACUCUAACGCCUCCCUGGCCCUCCAGCUAAGUCACACUUGGCUUCAGAGAAGAUGUCUACCAGCAGAUAAAAGCUUUCCCUUCACAAGUGUUGACAACACAGGUGUCCUUCAGAUGACUGCCUUCAAGCCCAGCCCGAUCAUAGUCAAAGGCCCGUGUGAAGAAUCGCUGUUGUGAUGCCAGAGCAGUUUGGAGUUGCUUCACUUUUUCAGUAUGGCAUGUUUUGUCUGGUAGUGUCUCUUUACGUUUAAUUCCUUAAACAAGGCAACCGUCUCUUGACAAUUAAGGCAAACAUAAGUGCCUCGAUUUUCAGUGAAGAAAUAUUGUAAUUCCCAUCGUUCCUGAAA